AUGGAAACUUCUCUACAUUUUCCAUCUGCAUCAGCGUCAAAUUCGCUUUCUUUUGUGGAUCCUUUAGGUGGUAAUACUAUCAUUCCUAUGCUUCCUAACCCUCAUCUUCAUCAUAACCAGUCAACUGUUCAACUCCCGUCACCAUCAACUCUUCCCUCGACCGUGGGCUCUUCUGCGAACAUUCAAAUCCCUGUUGAGGAUAUGGAGAAUUGGAAUCAGAAUCAUGAGGUGCAGAGGGUUGAUGCUUUGUCUUCUACUUCUAUUCCUGUUCUGGAUGCCUCUGGCGGGGACAUGUUGCUGAAUGAGUUAGAAGUUGAUAGAGAAAAGAAGAAUGAUAAUUAUGUUGAUGUAGAGGCCGAGAAUAGCGUGCUUGUUGGAAUGGUAUUGGGGAAGGUCAAGGUUCCUUGGAAAUAUAAACAGUUUAUUGAUGAUAUUUGUGGAAUUUUGCAUAGAUUUAAUAUCAAGGUUAGUCACAUUUUCAGGGAAGCUAACGGUCUUGCAGAUUUUCUGGCUUCUUAUGCUGUCAACGAAGCCUGCUGUUUUGAAUUUUUGGGUACUGAUUCGCUGCCUAUAGCUGGAAAGAUGAGGUUGCAUCACGAUCAACUUUCUUUGUCUACAUUGAGACGAAAAAUGAUCUUGGUUGAUAGCACUUGCAGGCAGCUUGAUACUGUUGACGUGCGCUUGAAUGGGAGACAGGAGCAGUUCCCUCUGUUGGUUGGGCUGGUUCUGGGGUCCUUUUGCUUUGGGCUGGUUCAUGUUGCUGGGGGUCUCCUGCGCCCUGCUGGUUUUGGGCUGUUCACGUGCACUGUUCAUGUGCACAGCUUGUUUAAUGCAGCUGCUGGCCCUCACUCUUCGGUUAUCUUCUAUCUUCAGCUGGGUUUUGAUGGCCUUUUACCUGGUUUUUCAGCUGGUCUCCGUCAGCUGUCUUUUCUUAUGGUGUCUGCUGGUUCUUGGUCUGCCGCCUGGCCUUCAUUGCAGGCUGCCACAGUAGCUGGGGACUGUUCACGCGACUGUUCACGUGACCUGCCUGGCUCCUGCUACAGCUGUUUUUCUGCGGUGAUCAUGCUGCCUUCCCAGCUGGUUUCAGCUUCUCAUGGAUUUGCGUCUGUCAGCUGGUUAUGGAUCUCUUUCAGCUGCUGCUCUCCUCGUUUUCAGCUGACGCAGUUAUGUUUUGGUUCCUUCGGCUGCUUUCAUACGGUUGCUCAUGGUGUUCAGCUGGACUCUCAGCUGGAUUUCCAGCGGCUCUUAUGCAGCUAUUUAGCUGGUUCAGCUGCAGCUGGUCUCCUCACCUUCUCUCUGCUGGGGCUCUAUGGAUUGUCUCUUCUGGUUUCAGCUGGUUUUAAUGGUUCUCCAGCUGGAAUUUCAGCUGUUUCUCAUCCUUUUUAUGGCCUUUGCGCCUUUGCUUGUCCUGAUGCUGCUUGGAUUAAAGCCAACUUUGGCCUUUCUCUUUUUGUUCAAGCUAUACUUUUGCUUCUUGCCCUAUGUACAGCUGUUUCUUUUCUGGCCACUGUGCCUUUGGGAGAACUGUUCUUUUUCCACGUAAUUCUAAUUCGAAAGGGUAUCACAACCUAUGAGUACGUUGUCGCAAUGAGGACCCAAAGUGAAGCUCCUGGGCCCUCUGUGGACGGAGGAGAUCUGCAGAGUUUGCCAUCCUCACCAACAAGUUCUGCCAUGAGCGGAAGAAGCUCUCUUGGAAUGAGCUUGCAAUAUAAAGGUGCUUGGUGUACUCCUCCUAGAAUCUUUAUGGACCACCAGGAUGAAAUUAUCCCUCAUCUAGAGCGAGAUCGCUUACCAUCCACUGUUGAUCCAGAUUCAUUGCCUCCUCCUGAUAAGGGGAAAAGGUUAGCCCAGCGUCCAGUCCGGAUAAGUGCAUGGAAGCUUGCCAAAUUGGACUCUAAUGAGUCAAUCAAGGCAGGGGCCAAGGCUAGAGCUUCAUCAUCUGUUUUACGUCCAGUAAGUUCCAGACAUCAUCCGUAUGACUCCGAUCAUUUAUCCAAUAGCAAUGUGAGUGGCAGAAGCAGUCCAACCAGUACCAAUCAUGGAUUUCAUGAAAGAAAUACUAGAGCAGGAACAUCAAGGUUAUCUUCUUCGAAGAGUUCAUAUCCUCCCAGUCGUGCUAGCAGGGAAGAUAAUGAAAUGUGUGGCCACAACAUUAGUAACCUAAACAGCCCUCAUCCCCCUAACCUCACACCUUCUCCAUUAGAGCAGCUGGCUUCAAACAGAGAUCAUUUCAAUCCGAUGUACAUGUCAUCAGUAGAUCGAUCUCCUUUGUCAGCAAAGGACGCAAAUGAAACUGCAGUUAGUGAUGUAGAAAGGGUACCAAUGAGUAGAAACUUGGGUGCUGCAGAAAAUUCAAGGUCGUCGUCAGUAUUUUGGGAUCAAGAAGCUGGGCGCUUUGUCUCUGCAGCCACCAGAAGUGUUAGUUCUUCCUCUCAGGUAUCCGGAAGAGAGCCGCUUACAUAUGCAGGUCAAUCUAUUUUCUAUGGUGGUUCCCCUGUGGAUGAACAGUUGAGCAGAGGGACAAGAACUGGCAACUCACUGCCUUCCGAUCCUGAGAGAGGUUCCACGUCAAGUUACUAUCGGCAGGGUAGAUCACAACGAGGUGGCCAGCUUCCAGUGUUUGUUCCAAGUGAUUCCCAGCACCACCAAUUUUCUUCUACACUGCGAUGA